AUGGAACUUAAAAAACGAAACAAGAAACCUAUCCCACGAAAAUUCACAAAAUCAUCAUCAGAGAAUACGGCGAAUUUAAGUAAUUUCAAAGGCCUUGAUUCUCAUUUGCUUGGAUUCAACUGCAACGGAGUGAUAGAAUCAUGAAUAAGAGAAGAAAGUUCAGACAGCGAGAAAGAUUUAUCGAAUUCUCCUCCAAAGAGUGAUAACAAAAAGGCACCACUAAAUCGGCUGAUGACUAUGAAGAACAAAGCUACCUCGAAGCCUGCUACGACCGAUAAGCAGUCUCUUCUCUUCGCUAAAAAUGCUUUUGAAAAUUCAAUUCAAGAACAAGUUGGGUUUCUUAGGAAACAAAUUGCAAUUGGCCUAGUCAAUAAACUUAAGAGCCAAGGAGUGAAGUCCAAAAUAUCUAAUGCAGAGGUAAGAAAGGAUAGUCCUUUCACUAUUACUUCUGAAGAAAAUAAAGGAGAUCAGAUUAUCUCAAAGCCAACAGCUCGCUUUGGAGAUACACUUCUCCAGAAAAUUGAUGAAGAAUCUGAGCAGCAGGUACAAGAACUUGAGAAAGUGGAGAAUAAAGUACCUGAAAAAACGAGUAUUUUAAACCCAAAUUUCCUUAAAUAAACUUAUAAGCACUGCUCCGUCUAGUAAUGAUAAGAAAUCUGAAGAACUACUUUCAACUUCAGGGAUCAACAUUGAGGCAGUCCCUAAGGAUCAUGUUAUUCAUGAUGUGUCAGAUUUCUUAAAAGUAUUUGGCCUUCAGAAUAAAUGAGAGACUGACCAAUUUGUUGAAGUUGUUCAUCCCCAGACAGGAUUCAAGAUCAAGAUUCUCAAGGACCUUGUCCAGAAAAUUAGCUUAUUAAAACAGGAGGAAUCAGACAAAGUUGCACCAGUGAAGACAUCUUGAUUGAAAGAUUUUCCAGAACCAAGUCAGAAACCUCUUAAAAUGAAUACAGCUCCUAGUGACCAGCAAGCUCCCCAGAAGGAGCAUGCAAAGGUCUCCAAUGUCAUGGAUUUUCUAGAUGACAUGAGUAUUGAUGACAGUUUCUCAGACGAAGAAGAUGAAGCUGACAACCCCAGCCCUGAAAUGAAAUUUGAAGACGGUACAGAUUCAGAGGAUCCCAAAUAAUCUGUUUACAAAAUCUUGUCCGAUCAACAUCUCUACUCACUCAAAUAUGCAGAGGUCUAUCAGCAAAGAUACAAAGAAGGAUAGAGCUGCACUUGCUCCAUCUAAGAUGAAAAUUAAGCGGAUGCAGACAGCUAAGAUAGUGGAUCAUAAAUACACAGCAAAUGAACAGAUUGAAAGUCUCAAGAAUGAGCUUAUGUUCAGUAAUAACCAAAUAGAGAAGCUAAAGAAGGUCAAGCAGGUAUCUUCAGCAGAAACUGACUUUAACUGCCACCUUGCCUUCAUGUUUGCAUCUCCUUUAGUGAGGAAACUCUCCAAGAAUGUUGGUACAAUCAUGCAGCUUGAUUAUAAAAAUGAAAUCUCUUUAAUUGAAAAAGUGUUUAAGAAUUUUGAUAAAGAACUAAAGUAUAAAACUGAAGUGGCAACUAUUAAUAACUUCAGAAGUAUGAUAGCAGAUCCUCCCUUUGCACUACAUUUCACUGGUCAUGGAGUAAAGAAUGACAAAGCCUCCUUAGGAUCAGACUACAAUCUUUAUAAAGAAAAGGGAGACAUUCUGUUACUGGAGGAUGAAAACUGAAUGGCUGAUUAUCUCUUUGAAAAAGAUCUCACAGAUUUAAUUGGGAUUAUGAAGCAAUCAAAAGACAAUAUCAGUGACAACUAUGAAGUUGUCUUUGUAUCGUCUUGCCAUUCAGAAGCUCCAGGGAAGAUCUUCCAGAAUUUCGGUGCUCAUCAUGUAAUUUGUAUCCAAAAAGAGGACACUGUAUUAGACAAAGCUUCUCUCAGAUUCUCAAAAGUGUUCUAUGAAACACUAUUUAUGAAGAAAUAUUCUGUCUGAGAUGCCUUUAACAUUGCGAAAGGGGAUAUAAAAAGUUUAUUUUCUUCCUUCGAGGCAAGCAAAUAUUUGUUAUUUGUGAAUGACAGGUUCCCCAUUCCAAAUACAAAAAAUAAAUUUGAACACAAAUGCUUUCCUGUUCUUAAUCUGAAGCCAGGAAAAAUGACAAAUCUUACGAAAACUCCGAUUUUCAACCAGAUCCCUUCAAUGAUUGAGAAUUUUUCAGGGAGGCAAGAGGACAUGUGAACUAUUUUGGAUAAGAUAAAUAAUAACAGACUUGUGAACAUUCUUGGGCCUCCUGGUAUUGGCAAAACAGCCAUUGCAUGCAUGAUAUGCAAUAAUAUCCAUGACAGGCAUAGGAUGGAGGAUGGGAUAAUAUAUCUCCCUCUCAGAGGUGUUCACUCAAUAUCUACCCUCACAACCAACCUUCUAAACAUUAUUGAAGAAUGAAUAGAUGAUGAGAAAGAAGAUGAGAGAAUUUAUAGCAAGCAACUCUCUAUAAACUCUAAUACUAGCAAUGAUGAAGAAGACAUUGAUCCAGAUGGCAAGGCAAAGUCCAAGAUAAUAGCUAAAUGUCUCAAAGAUAAAGAAGUGCUUAUUAUUUUUGAUGGAUGAGAAUACCUCCUUGAUGAAGAUCCCUCCAAGUUCAAGAAAGCAUUGAAUAAUCUUCUGUUUAAAUGACCUGAUGUUAAAAUUCUCUCGACUUCAAGAAAAUCUAUAGGCACAGUCAGACAUUUUACAGAGUGAUCAAUGAAUUUAGGCCCUCUGGAGCCCCAGUAUUCUAUCAGACUACUGAUUGAUAGCGUGAGCAGAAAAAUAGAGACCAGCGAGAUCCAAGAACUGUUGAAAUAUAAACCUUCAGGAAAACAGCAGAUGAAUGAAUACUUAUCCCAUUUUAAUUCCUCAGACAUGACAUUGACAAACCAUCCAUUAAUCAAAAUGUUGGGCGGGCAUCCUCAGGCGAUCUCUUUGACAGCUCCCUGGCUAGAACAUAUAACAAUGACUGAGUUAUUUGAAAAAUUAAUGGACACGAAUAUGCUAGAUUUUCUUGAAAACGAGGGACAGCAAUCGUAUGCUUCCCUUAGAACCUCGAUUGAUUUUCUAAUCCAAAGAACAAAGAAAAAUAAUAUCAAAGCGUUAGAACUUUUCCAAUUCAUUGGAUUAUUCCCAGAAGGUAUCAAGCAGGUCGAACUAGCAGCGCUCUGGGGUGAUAAGGGAUGGCAGAACCUCAAAUUUGACUUGCUCAGCUCAUCAAUGGUGACCUACAAGAAUAAUCGAAGUAUGCUUAUCUUACUCCCUAUCAUGACAACUCGGGCAAGAGAAUUAUUAGAUAAAAAUCCAAAGAAAAAGGCUAAAUUUCACCAGAAAUGCUGUCAAUUUUACAAGGAUUUCCUGAGUAAGUUCCUUGAGAAGAUCAAUAAUCGUGAGCAUAAAGAGUCUGACUUAAUCGAGAACGAAAGAAACAUCUGGGCAUGCAUCUACAGAGCAGUUAAUAAGAAAGCCCCCACUGAUGAUUAUGAUGAAGCUGUUGAUGAAUCAGAGAGAAGGAAUUCUGACCUAUUCCCUAUUAAAAGAGUCCAGACUAUCAAGCUUGACUUGAACGAGGAAUAUGAAUCAGAUGAUUCUGAAGAGAAGAAAAAUACUAAAACUCCUGCAGCAUUCCUUAAUGCAGUCCAAUUUGAAGAAUCUGAUCAUUGGGACUCUGAUUCUGAGGAAGAAAAAGACCGCUAUCAUACAUAUGAAAAGAGAAAACGUCAGAAGCAGGUUUCUCUCACUAGGAGAAAUAAUGUUGAUGAGGAGUAUAACAUUGACCCCUGUCCGAAGAAAAGGGCGAGAAGGACUUCACUGACAAACAAAGUCAAGCCAGUCCUUAAAACUCCUCGAAAUACCUGCAAAAACUCUAAAGAUCUCCACAAGAAGAAAUUAAGGGCAGAAGAAGCUAUGGUUGUUUACUAUAUCUCUAUUUGUAUAAGACUGUGUAAGCUCUCAGAUGCAAGGAAGGCUAUCACAGAGUAUCUAGCAAAGCCAAACAUCAGUGCUUUAGCUAAAGCUCAAAUCUACCAAUUUCAGGCAUUUUUGUCAAUGAUGCAUUCCAAAAUUUCUUUAAAAGAGUUAGAAAACUCAUUCAUCAAAGCAAUAGAAGAAUACAAGAAUAUAAACUGCGGUAAAGGAAUAGCGAUCUGCAACUUAGGAAUUCUUGUGUCGAGUUACUUCCAUAUUGAGACAAAGAAGCACGAAGAUCCUGAAUACCCGAUCAAGCUAUCAAACAGAAUUUUGAAAAUCAAAGAGGCAUUUGAGGAUUACGACUUCAAACUCGGUGUAGAAACUUCUGAAAAUUUUAUUCAAUACACAACAGAUCAAUACAAGGUAGAGGAAACUAAGAAAAAUGUGGGAUAUUCGAGACUUGUUACCUUUAAAGAAUCCCAAAAGACAACUCUUUUCUUCAAUGGCAAAAGUCUACAAGACGUUCUACUAAACGAGGACUCUUCUAAAAUCCUGACUUUAGUGAUAGAAAAGAAUGUAAAGCCCAAAAAUAAGCUCAGAAAUACUUACUCGCACUUAGAGUCAGUGUACCACUUCCUGAAUAACAAACAUGCUCCAAAGAAGAAAAAGAUGUCUAAAGUAGCCUCUUUGCUAAAACUCAACAUUGAGUCUCUCCAGAUGAAGGAAUACAAUUUCAAGAUGAAAACCAUGGUAGAUUGCAAGAAGAAGAAUGAGGUCAAGCUUCUUGCCAAUCGGCCAAAAUCCCUGAUAAAGUCAACAAAGGUCUCGUUCCAAAGAGAAGGCAUUGAGCAUGAUUAAAUAGUUAUUAUAUUCAGUAC